AUCAAACAGACGACGACGCUCUCAGUCAGUCAAAAUGGCGGCCGAAACUGAUGAGCGACGACGAAGAAACGACCCGCAACCAGCUCACGAAACUGCUAAAGAGGCGGCAGCCGGUCGGAUGACGCUCCUCACGCCGCGUUACCACAAUGUGCAGUGCCAGUGAUCCGUUCUCGAUCCAAAAAAGUAAAAGAAGGAAAAAAAAGAAAAAAAAAGAAAAACAAACAAGAACGCGGAUAAUAAUUAUAAUAACAAUAACAAUAAUAAUAACGAUGUCGCGGAAACAUGUAGACGAGGAUGAGCGACGAAGCAGCAGCAGUAGCAGCAGCAGCAGCGGUAGCGGUAGCGGUAGCAGGAGUGGGCCCCACGGUACUUCGAGGAGGAGCAGCGCCUAUUAGUAGGGGCCGCCGCCGCGAGGGGGGGCCCUCCAGCGGGCGCCCGCAGCGAUGCCCCCGUGCCUCGUGAGGCAGCCGCCCCAUCGCCGCCCCGCCGCAGAAUGCCACGGCGGGCCCGCGCCCCGGGCCUGCCGCUGCUCCUGAUGUUGGCCCCGAUGAUCACGUUGACCACGAUCACGAUGUCCUCAUCGUCGUCAUCCUCCUCCUCCUCCUCCUCCUCGACGUCGACGUCGUCCCCGUGGACGACGACGAAAGUUCAGUCACUUCAGUGCCUUCAACAAAAAUUCAAUUUCUUGCAAGAGUCGCACAAGGAGCGGGUGUGCGACGGCGAAACGACGCCGGGGCGGCGACGGGCCGCCCUACGCGCCGUCCGUUUGCGGUACUGCACCGAGCACCGGGUACUGCAAGCGUUACCGGAGAGGGCGCUGCGGGACGCGUCCACGUGUCGCCUGCACCUGCAGGAACUGCUCGAGACCGACGUGCUCGCGUGGCAGGCCGCCUGCACCCACACGGACUUACUAAGACGCUACGAUUGCGCCCAGAACUACUCGAUUGCUUUUAGCUGCGAAUAUUGCAAGAUAGCGUACAGACGUUGGAUCUGCAGCGAACUGGUGCCUUUUUACGGGUCGAAGGGGGGUCGCGUCUCCCCCUGCCUGCGCCUCUGCGAAGACGUCGAGCAGCAGUGCCCGUAUCUGCUCCCCGAUCAGACCCUCACGCCCACCGAAGCGGCCCACCCCACACCCCAAUACGCGGGUGAACCCGCGUUCCUUUGCCUUGAUCCGAAAAUCCCACGACUGGAAUACCGAACGAACGCCACCACGGGAGACGAAGACUGUUGCUACACCCACUGCGGCACGCCGGGACGGGGGGAGGAGGGCGGCCACCUGCCGCCCCCGUCAUACGGCGGCGACUUGCCGCCCCCGUACUGUGACACCGACUCGACGGGCGACGAGCCGUUUUUUUGCCAACAGUGCCCCCCCGAAGAGCACGACCCGGGGUCGGCGCCUCACUCGAACCUCACCGCCGCCGAGGUGGAUCUGCCGCCCCCCACAGCAGCCGCCGCCUCAUCCGGUGCCUCGAGGACUAGAAAAAAUUUAAAUUGUUUUUUGUUGUUUCGGUGGACCGUAAUUUUAUGGACGCUCGCGCGCCUCCUCUUGAUAACUUUAAACGACUUUUUCAAAUUAGGAAUUAAUAAUAAUAUAGACGCCUUAGUUCAUCGGACAGUUGACCAGUGUUGCUGAUAGGAGGUAUAUACAUGUAUUAUUAGUAUAUGCCUUUUGACUGAUGAUGUCGUAAUAAGCGAAACGUCGUCAGCGCCGUCGUCGUCGUCGUCGUCGUCGUCCGGAAGUAAUAACGUUUUAGGGACGGGGUUUUCAAUAAUAUUAAUAAUAAUACAAAAUAGGGUUUUGUUGUUAUGGAAAUGUUAUGGUGGAAGGGGUCUGUCGGUGUGUCUGAUGUGCGUCGGUACGUGGAGUUGCUCAAAGGGUUUAUGAGUGGGGACUACGGGGGAAAAGGGCGGCACUUUCAUUCAUUCUAAAUACUCAUCUAAAAUUUAUUCUAAUAAUAAAAUAGUCAGUCAAGGAAAUUAAGAAAAAUUACACUGACAGCCAUAUGUCACUAUGACAGGUGACAUUUGAAUAAAAUGUGUAUGUCCAGUUUUUUUAUUAAUAAGGAACGUCUAAAGUUUCUCCACAAUUUAAUGCUACUUGCUAAUUGAGUUGGAUCUGGGGCCUUGUUUCGGCCUAAAUUAAUCCAUCCUCAGGGCGAUAGUGAAAACCUUUUGCCCAUGAACAUUAUACUUUAUAGUCAUAAAAAGCGUCACUUGACUUUUGACAGAUGACUUUAAAAUCAGGAGCGUAUUUAGGCCAUAUUUUCCAAUAGGCGUAACAGUAAAUUGUGGAUUUUUGGUUUUUUUGUGAUCCAAAAAUCUUUAAUGCUCUUGAUAAUUGAGUUGGAUUUGGGGUCAAAUAAAACUCAAGCUUUUGAUUUUAUUACUGCCGACGUUUCGGUCUAUAUUAAGCCAUUCUCAGGGCGAUCAAAAGUGAAAACCUUUUACCCAUAAACAUAGUCAUAAAAAGCGUAGUGAACCUCAAAAAUGCUUAUAAUAAUAUGCAAUGGUCUUUUUGCUACAGUCUAAAAAGACGUUGUUUAUUAGUUAAUUAAUUAUUUUUAGACUAAAGCAAAAAGAUCAUUGGAUAUUAUAAGCAUUUUUGAGGUUUACUACGCUUUUUAUGACUAUAAAGUAUAAUGUUUAUGAACGAAUGAUUUUCACUUUUCAUCGCCCUGAGGAUGGUCUAAUAUAGACGGAAACGUCAGCAGAAAAAAAAUAAAAUCAAAAGCUUGAGUUUUAUUUGACGCCAGAUUCAACUCAAUUAAAAAAAAACACAAUCCACAAUUACCUAUUGGAAAAUAUGGCGUGGAUACGCUCCUGAUUUUCAAGUCAUCUGUCAAAAGUCAUGUGACAGCUGACAUUUAGGCCAUGAGUUUUCUGUCAAUGUCAUAUGGUCAAUUAUACGUCAGUAUAAUUUACAGGGUCGUACUAUUUUUUUUGACUUAUUUUAAGUUCUUAAAAGAAGAUUAUCUGAAAUAAUUUAAAACAAAACACAAAGUUUGUGUUUUAAUGCGAAUAAAAUUAAUUUUUUGCACGAUCUGGACAAUUUUUGACUGUUAUUCCAGGCAUGUUAUUUCAUUGCAAUUUUUCUGGAUAGACACCGAUUAAGUGACUAUUGAUCUAUAAUUAAUAAGCCAAAUGUUACUUUGACAAAGGACAUUAAAAUCAAAUGUGUAUUUUCUUAAAAUAAUAAAAAUCCCUCAAUACGCGUCCGAUAUUAACUUCAUCUGUCAAUAGUCAAAAUGACAGCUUGUAUUUGGCCAUUAACCUGUCAAUCUUUCGUUGACAUCUGAUAAUCAUACUUCAUUUUUUUUAAUAUUUUAUUUAUUCCAGGCUCUUGAAUCUAUCUAGUUUUUGCCUUUGAUUUCAUACUAUACCAAUUCUCUUCUGGAUGGACGCCAUUUUUCCAAAACAAAUGGCUUAAUGACAUUGACAUAUAAUCAAUGAUCCACACUUCAGUUGUCACUUAAUAAAUGACAUUAAUUUUAAUGUUAGGUUGUUAGGCUAAAACACAAUUUAAUUGCUACAUUGACAUAUAACGAAUUAGCCAAACGUCAUUUGUCAGAUGACAUUAACAUUUAAAUAUUUUUUAAUUAAGAAAGACUAAGUCCCAAAUUUAUUUUAUUAAAAUGUGAAUCCUAUGGCUUAAGUCAUCUGUCAAAAAUAAAAGUGACACUUGACAUUUUGUUAAUAGUUUCGCAAAGACAGCGUUGAUUUAGGAAAAUACAUAACACUUAAUUGAUUGGUCUUUAAAAAAGUCUUUAAUAAGACUGAUAUAAUAUUCAGGAUGAUAUAUCCAGAUUACGUAAUUAUUACUAAGUGAACUCUGUAUAAGUGUACUUAUUAAUCCAGAACAUCUGUAGACAUUUAAAUCCUUUGCAAAAAGACUAGCACGGUCCUGUCAAAUGACCAAGGACAAGUAAAUAAUUAACCAAACGUCAAUUGUCACUGUGAUUUUGACAGUUGACAUCAAAAUCAGGACCGUAUUGAGCGUCCUUUUCCUUCAUUAUUUUUCUUUAAUCAUCAAGUCGCCUUUACUCCCCCACCCCUCGCCUCUAACAAAGGUUUUAAAAAAUUAAUAAUUAGUAGUAAUUAAAACGAUUUUAGAGCUCACAAAAGAACGAAGAAAAAAAAAUAUAUACAAAUAUAAUAAUUAUCAACACGAUGUGUUCAGAAUUAAACUCAACUACGUAAACGUCGUUUAUUAUUUAUAUAUAUAUUUGUUUUUUAAUUUAAAUUUGCGGCCAAAUGGUUAUUAUGAUGUUGUUUUUUGCGGCGGUUUAUAUCGGAAUUUUUUGCAGUUUAUCACUUUUAUUACGUUUAUUAGUGCUCAAAUAUAUAGUUAGUUAAAUUGUUGCCUUGAAUAUUAGGGAAAUGUUGACAGAUUUCAAGGAAAGCAAUGAAAAGUACAGUUUUUUGAAAUUUGGAACUAUAGAAUUUUGAUCUUCUAGAAUAUUUCAGAGCCACUUUAGGGAAUUCUGGAAUAAGUUUCCAGCUAUAAAAAGGAUUUAAGCAAAAAUCAAUAAAAACUGAAUAUUCUAUAUUUAAUUUUGUAUUUAAUUACAAACAUAAUAAUGAGACUUAAGAACUCUACUGAAUUCAAUGAACGGAACAUUAAAUUAUUAUGACAAAAUUGGAGGAAUCACUUAGGUGAAUAUAUACAUGAAUUAUUUAUAUUUUUAAAUUCUCGAUUACUCAAAGAAAAUGAGAAAUAAAAACUUAUCAAUGUGUAAAAGUGGCCGAAGAAUCAAUAAUUUAGUACUACGUACAUAAAGAAUAUAUAGAAUAAUUUAAAUAUACACAAUGUAACAGAGCUUCUUGUUAGGAAAUUAACCUAUUUUUGCUUUCGUUGGAUAUAUGCCCAAAAAAAGUACUUCAAUCGAUCAAUUAUAUAUUUUGUCGACGUUUCGAUCUCUAUGAGAUUAUCCUCAGAACUGUAUAUUGUAGAUCCUCCUCGUUAAUAAUAACUGUAAGAAGAAUUUAGAACUUUUUCUUAAAUGCCAUAAAUUAUUGUCAUUAACUAAUUGUUAUAUUCGUCUAGGCAGUUGAUAUUAAUGCCUGAACCUCAUAAUUAAUCAUUUUUAAUGCCUGGAAGAAGUCAAAAAUUAAUUUAAAUGCCUGAUAAACAUUAAUCAUCUUCAGAAGACGUAGUCAUUUAUCAUUUGUUCCCAAAUAGUUAAAAGCCCUUUUUUAUCU